CUCGCUGUUGCCCCGAGCGGACGUUUAACGGAAAUUUAAAAAUAUAAAUAAAAAGUAAAAUCAGAAAUACAUCAGAGCUAAAGACAAUUUAUCUUGUGUGUGCGCGAGUUGAAGAACCAAAAAAAAAAUAAUAAAUAAUAGAACAGUUCAAUAGAGAAGUGCUGACUGUGCUAGCCGGAAACCAAAACGCUAAAACGUCAACAUAAUUACGCGGCAAUAUUUUUCGAAGGCCCAAAAAGAUCGACAGAAAUCAAUCGGCCCGAGUGACAUACAUUUCGGAUCGAACAAAAACCAAAAACGCUACCUUUUGGAUACCUAUUUAAUCGCCGAUCGGCGACGAGUGCAGUCCGUAGCCCAAAUAAAUAAAUAACAAUAUGAUGUCCAGACGAGCCCUGCUAAUUGCCGGACUCCUAUUGAUCGUGGGCAGCUCCAUGGUGCUCUCCUUCCCGCAAUCCCCAGCCGAUGAUGAGCAGAUGCAGAACGAUGAGGACUUUGACUACAAUGGAGUUGACCAGAGUGCACCCAGUCCGCAGACGAAGUCCCCGCGUCCCAUUACCAGCGAGAAGGUCAACAAAACUGUGACAGUGAAUGGGAUCCGGGGCCAGGAUGUGGUGCUCAAGUGCGAUGUGGGCACCAAUUUGGACGCCCCAAAUGUCGUAGUGCUGUGGAGUUUCGGGGUUCAUAUUAUCUCCAAUGGCAAAAACGUGGUGCAGCCCAACUAUGCUCUGAACGAAAACUAUGACCUGACCAUCGUAAAGGCGAGUUCCCAGGAGGCCGGCGACUAUAGCUGUAAGGUCCUGCCCAUCGAAUCCGUGGUCAACACGAAAGUAAUCAUUGUCGAUCAAUCCCUGGAUGCGAUCGCACCGGAGAGUUCGGUUUCUGCGGCGGGAUCUUUAAGCAGUUUUCUUGGAUACACGCUCCUCGGAUCGGCAUUAUUGCUCCUGGGGAUGGGCAAACAUUAGCUUAGUUUAGUAUUACGCUGGCAGGUCACUGCCAUCUCUUCUACACUCUCCACUCUUCUCACAGGAAAUGAGCAUUUGAAGUCUUUGUUGAUUGUAAAUUUUUGUAUUUGUAAAGACACAAAAUCAACUUUAUUUAUUAAAUAAAAAAGGAACCAAAGUAUACUAAGCCACCAGCA